CCCUGCCGGCCAGAGCCGAAACAGACACGCACCGAGGGGAGGGAGGGAACUGAGAGGAGCGGAAAGCUCGUAGCGAGCGCACUGAGUCAGACGCGUUUUCUCUCCCGUCUCGUUAGAAUAUGAUGUCCGCUUGAAGAUGGCACAGAAAGACACGCUGCUGCAUCUCUUCGCCGGAGGAUGUAGUGGUACGAUUGGAGCCAUCGUCACCUGCCCGCUGGAGGUGCUGAAGACGCGCCUGCAGUCCUCCGGCAUUGCCCUGCGGCCUGCGGUCUUCCAGGUCCAGCUAGGCACCCUGAGCGGCGCCGGCGUCAUCAGACCGGGGACCGUGACACCGGGGCUGCUGCAGGUCCUACGGUCGAUUCUGGAAAAGGAGGGACCAAAAUCUCUUUUCCGUGGACUCGGGCCAAACCUUGUUGGCGUCGCCCCUUCAAGAGCCAUUUAUUUCGCUGCAUACUCCAAAUCUAAAGAGGUCUUCAAUGGGCUGCUGGUCCCCAAUAGUGGCCUUGUUCACAUGUCGUCCGCUGGAGCUGCAGCCUUCGUUACCAACUCCCUGAUGAACCCCAUCUGGAUGGUGAAGACCAGGAUGCAGCUGGAGAAGAAAGCCAGAGGGGAGAAGAAGAUGAACGCGCUGCAGUGCGCCCGCUACGUUUACCAAACGGAGGGCGUGCGGGGCUUCUACCGCGGCCUGACGGCGUCCUACGCCGGCAUCUCCGAGACCAUGAUCUGCUUCCUGAUCUACGAGACGCUGAAGAAGCAAAUAGCCAAGAACCAGUUCGCCGAAAACGAGAAGGGGGCCUCGGACUUCCUGAGCCUGAUGCUGGCGGCAGCGUUUUCGAAGGGCUGCGCGUCCUGCGUAGCUUACCCACACGAGGUCAUCCGGACGAGACUGCGGGAGGAAGGCAGCAAGUACAAGUAUUUCUUCCAGACGGGGAGGUUAAUAGCCGUGGAGGAAGGCUACGCAGCUUUUUAUAGAGGACUCAUUCCACAGCUAAUUCGGCAAAUCCCCAACACGGCCAUCGUCCUCUCCUCCUACGAACUGAUAGUCCAUCUGCUGGGAGACUCCAAGUGAAGACGGAACUUUAAACCUGGGAUUUCCCUGAGGGGCGGGGAGGGGAAAAAAACCUCACUGAGGAGACUUUCAAAAGAGAAAAUGUAGCACAUACACACACACACACAGGUUUUUGCUGUUGUUCUUGGAUGUGGUGCUACAGAGACAGUUGGAACUGCAGCGGGUUGUGCGGCCAUCCAAAGAGCGAAGCGCAGUAGUUUUCAUGGCGGUGCGCGCCGCAGCUCCCAGCCUGUGAAGAGGUCAUCCUGUGUUCAGAGGACUAGUUUUAAGUUAACUAAAUUAUUUUUGUUAUUUCACGACAGUGUUUUGUUUCCCUUCAUCAGAGUUGAAAGCGCGCUCACGCCGACUCGGUCAGUUUCUGAAGUGCUGCCCUUUGAUUGUGAUGAAAACACACUUUGAGAUUUCUGCUGGAUUUGAAGUUAAAGUUACAGAGAAAUUUAUCAUGUUUUUCACUAAUAUAUAUAUAUACAUGGAUGCAGGUUUAUUUGUUGUUUUUUUUUUCUGUGAAAAUGGUCACUUUUUCCAAUAUCAAGAGAAAUCGGCUGUUUAUUUUACCAGUUGCUCAAUAAAAAUGCAUCUGAACGCGGAA